UCUUUGUGAGACUGGGGCAGCAUGGCAGAGUAGAGCUGACACGGAUACUCUGGCUUGACAAGAGGACAGACAUGAAACCCAUUCCAGAGUAGGAGUAUAUCAUCGUUCAUACAGAGGUGAUGGAGCAGGGGAACGGAGAGGGAGACUGCUCAGAGAGGGGCAAACUGCACGCCCUCUACACGCUUUCUGGACACCCCACACACCACUCACGGAGACUAAGCAUGCUGCUGCUGGAAGAGUCGGAGACCUUUACAGACCAGCCUCAUAGCGCUCCCUUCAGCUCGGAGAAUGAAGCGCAGGGAGGGGACUCUGCGAGAUGGCAGUGCACCGCCCCAUCUACCUCACCCUCGGGGGAGACGCCGUCCCACCCCUCUCGACCGUCCUCACGGCCCGAGAGCCAAACCCCCUCGCGGUCCCUGAGGGAAACCAAAAAGAGCUCCCUCUCCUACUCCAACAAACCCGCACACAUGAGGAGGAACAUCAGAAAGCUGUUGAGGGAGCACCAGUUGGAGGCGGUGACCAAAGCUGCCCAGCAGGAGGAGCUAGAGAGGCGGCAGAGGCUGGAACAGCAGAGGAAGGAAGGGCACUUCCCCGUUCCCUUGCUACCCGAGUACACUCCAGGAGAUCAGAGUGUGUCUGCUAGCGUGGCCGAACGAGACCAUGUGAUAUGCCUGGGCACCAGUUACAGCAGCACUAAUGUCAGCGAGGACGACUCCAGGGCUCUGAUCACAGAAGCACACGCCCCAAAAGAAGACGUGAUCGAGCUGAGCUCCGACGAGGACGACGCCCUACAGAUCAGCAGCGCGUCCACCAAUGAGGAGGAGGAGGACCGGUCGGCGGCACCCGAGGCGACCGGCGCCCACGCAAACGACGCUGUGAACCAACCGGACGCCCAGGGGCGUGUCUUGGUCAACCUGAACCACCCAACCGAGGAGGCAGACCUGUUCCUCUCCCCUCAGCUGGCCCGGGUCACCAAACCUCAUCAGAUCGGUGGGAUCCGUUUCCUCUAUGAUAACCUGGUUGAGUCUCUUGAGCGCUAUGAGAGCAGCGGGGGCUUCGGCUGCAUCCUGGCCCACAGCAUGGGCCUGGGCAAGACCCUGCAGGUCAUCUCCUUCAUAGACAUUGUGCUCAGACACACCCAGGCCCACACUGUGCUCGCCAUCGUGCCUGUCAACACGCUACAGAACUGGCUGGCCGAAUUUAACCUCUGGAUCCCGACCUUUGAUGCGCUACCCGUGGACGUGGACCCCACCCAGGUCUCCCCACGCACCUUCAAGGUCCACAUCCUGAACGACGAGCACAAAACCACGACCACCAGAGCGAAGGUGAUCUCUGACUGGUCGCGGGACGGCGGCGUGCUCCUGAUGGGAUAUGAGAUGUAUCGCCUGCUGUCCCUGAAGAAGAGCUUUGUGGCGGGCCGGAAGAAGUCCAAGAAGGCCCAAAGACCGGUGGUCAUCGACCUGAACGAAGAGGACCGGCAUCAAGAGCUCCUCAAAGGCAUAGAGAAGGCCCUAUCUCGCCCCGGCCCGGACAUGGUGAUCUGUGACGAGGGCCACCGCAUUAAGAACUGCCACGCCAGCACCUCGCAGGCCCUGAAGAACAUCCGUACCCGGCGGCGUGUGGUCCUCACGGGAUACCCCCUCCAGAACAACCUGAUAGAGUACUGGUGCAUGGUGGACUUUGUUAGGCCUGAUUUCCUAGGUACCAGGCAGGAGUUCAGUAACAUGUUCGAGAGGCCCAUUCUGAACGGGCAGUGUGUGGACAGCACGCCACAGGACGUCCAACUGAUGAGAUACCGAAGUCAUGUCCUCCAUAGCCUGCUGGAGGGCUUUGUCCAGAGGCGUGGUCACGACGUGUUGAGAGACCAGCUCCCCUCCAAGGAUGAGCAUGUGAUACUGGUGCGACUGUCGCCCCUGCAGAGGGCCCUUUACACAGAGUUCAUGAACCGCUUCAGAGAGGCAGGCAACAGCGGCUGGCUCAGCCUCAACCCACUCAAGGCCUUCUGCGUCUGCUGCAAGAUCUGGAACCACACAGACGUGCUCUACGAGGCACUGCAGAAGGAGAAUCUGGCCAAUGAGCAGGACCUGGACCUGGAUGACAUCACCAACAGCCACGCCCGCUGCCCCGCCCCCAACCAGAAGGGCAAGACUCCGGAGGACCCCAACAGCAUCGGAGGGCUGAGUCUCAACGCUCUGCAGGAGAAGGCCAAUCAGGUCAUCACCUACGAAUGGGCGAAGGAGAUCAUGUCUGACUAUAAGCCAGGGAUUUUGGAGAACUCUGCUAAGAUGGUCCUGCUGUUCCACCUGAUCGACGAGAGCGUCAGGAAGGGAGACAAGAUCUUGGUCUUCAGCCAGAGUUUGUCCACCCUCUCGGUCAUCGAGGAGUUCUUGGCCAAGAGGCCCAUACCGGCGGGCAGUGCCAGAGAGGGCCACAACCAAAACUGGCUCCGCAACCACAACUACUACAGACUGGAUGGGAGCACGUCUGCCUCCGAGAGAGAGAGACUCAUCAACCAGUUCAACGACCCGUCCAACACCUCCACCUUGGUCUUUCUGCUUUCCACCAGGGCUGGCUGCCUGGGGGUAAACCUGAUUGGGGCUAACCGCGUGGUGGUUUUCGAUGCCUCCUGGAACCCCUGUCACGACGCCCAGGCUGUGUGUAGAGUAUACCGCUACGGCCAGAAGAAACCCUGCCACAUCUACCGCCUGGUCUGUGACUUCACCCUGGAGAAGAAGAUCUACGACCGACAGAUCUCCAAGCAGGGCAUGUCUGACCGAGUGGUGGAUGACCUGAACCCGAUGCUGUCGUUCACACGGAGGGAAGUGGAGUCUCUGCUGCACUUUGUGGAGGAGGAGCCUGACGUGUCACAGGUGCAGCUGCAGUCCCGCCAGGAGAUGGAGGCGAGCAUCAGACAGGCCUGCCAGCUCUACCCUCACUUAGUCACCAAGCAACCCUUCCACCACGAUUCUCUCCUGGUGGACCGGCGGGAGAUGAAGCUCACCAAAGCAGAGAAGAAGGCUGCCAAAAAGAGCUACGAGGACGAGAAGCGUGCGUCGGUGCCCUACACGCGGCCCUCUUACGCCCACUACUACCCCGCCAGCGACCAGAGCCUCACCAACAUCCCUGCCUUCAGCCAGCGCAACUGGCGCCCACCCCCUCGCCAAGAUGAGAAGCCCGUGGCCAGCAUCCGCCCCGUUCAGUCAACUCCAAUUCCCAUGUUGCCUCGCCAGGCGUCUCAUGCCUCCGCCUCCACGGCGGACUCCGACUCCAGCUCGGGCUUUCCCGUCAACUACCUGCAGAAGGCAGGCGUCUUCGUCCAGAAGAUCGUCACCACCACAGAUAUCGUGAUACCAGGAACCAACCGUUCAACUGAUGUCAAGGCCAGGAUCAGUGCAGGAGAGAGCAUCCACGUCAUCAGAGGAACUAAAGGGACCUACAUCAGAACCUGUGACGGGAGGAUCUUUGCCAUCCGUGUUGCAAGCAAGCUCAAGGCUGGGGAGGAGAACUCAGCCGUUGCACCCAAAAGUAACGAUCCCAACUCAACUCUUAACACCCAGAAGGCAUUGGAGGACUCGACGAACAGCACCAGCGGCUGUGUGACUCGCCCGCUCUCCCCUGACAGCCCCGAGAUCCUGAACGAGCUCCAGAGGUACACAGCUGCAGCCGGAAACAAGAUCCAGCAGCAGCAGGCCUCCAAGGCUCCGUCUGCAGGAUCCUUGGAGACGGCGCUGGCAGAGAGCACCAAUGGCAGCAGCAUGACCAGCCAUGCCAAGCCCUGGGGAGAGACCGCGGCCCAGCCCAACACAGACUCCACGGCCGCCCUGGACCUGAUGGGCACCAAGCGCAAAGCCUCCACCCCGUCUGCCGACGAAUGGGCCAACAACAAGCAGCUGGCCACCGGCAAGCGCACCUCAGCCCCGUUGCCCCCCCGGGGCUUUCCCUUCACCGGGGGUUACGGCCUCCCGCCCAUGGGCCUCAACCCGGCCAUGCUGGGUUCCAUUGAGCAACCCCUUUUCAUGGGGGCUGGCUCGCCCUACUUCCAGCCCCACAGCCAGAUUGGUGACCCCUGUCUCAUGUUCCCCAUGACCUCUGACACCUUCGGCCUGGGGGACGGCACCCUAACUAGCUCCUCCUCCAGGUCUUCCUCCUCCACCACAACCAGCUCCUCCUCGGCUGCCUCUGACUCGGCCUCCCUGGCUCCCUUCAUGCUGGGUGCUGGUAUGGCUGGCAUGCUACCCCCAGAUUUCCCCAUGUCCUACGGCCAGUCCGUGGGCAUGUACCCUAGCUCGCUGCUCCCUGGGGGGCUCCCGGCCGCCACCCCAGGCCCCGCUGGCUCCAGCUUCCUCUCCCACUUCCCCUCCUCUGGCCUGAUGGGGGCGGGGCUGGGUCGCUCUGACGCCCACGGCUCGGCAGAGAACGCUGGUAGUAGCUCAGACAGCGAUGACGAUGAUGUCAUUGAGGUGACUGGACAAUGAGAGCCUCCAACCGUAGGGAAGAGGCAUGUGGGUUGUAGGGGACAGUUAGUAGGUUGUUGGUGCUAGGAGAUCUGGAGAGGAAGGGACAAUCAAGCCCCAUCCACCUCUACUAGCCCUUUUUCCCAUCCCAAGUGCAACAUGCACGCCUUUCAGAAAAUGAGUCUGUAUUGGAAUAUAACACAAACUGGACAAAGCAACAAAUCCUUAUGCUGAAUAUCUCAUUUAAAAAGAAGAAAAUAGAAGAACUGAGCGCCAGAGAGAACGUAGAUGAAAAGGAAACGGACUUGGGGCUUCCAAAAUGUUCUGUCCUGUCCUGUCCUUAUUCAAAUCGCUGAAGCGACGGCUGGGUUUGAACCUGCAGUGACCCUGAAUCGCCACCAGGGUGUACUGUUUGUUCAGAAGACUGACUAAUUUGCUUGGUUGUCUUCAAUAACUUUUUUUUGCAUUUUUCCAACAGUUGAUGAUAGACUAGGUUAAUAACUAACUGACAAUAGCCUAGAGUUAAUAAAUCAAAUUGAGAGACAUAGUUGGUAGUAAUUAUGGUCUGGCCCAAAAUAUCUGUUAGAUGAUAUUGUUCUUGAUUGUCAUUAUUUGCUACUGAAUAUUAUUUUAUGUGGUAGUCCUACUCUAAAACUGUUUUCAAAAUCAAUUUGAUUUGCUCUUGAAUUAACUGCCAGGACAGAAGUGUUGAGUUUUUUUGAGAAAUUGGAUGAUAAUCUGAAAAUGGACUAGUCGAGACUGAAGUCAAAGAAACAGUUAGGCUCUUUGUUGGGUGAAAAUUUCAAAGUAAGAACCUUCAACUCAAAGAAUGUACGCUUAUUUACGCCUUUAACGCAGAUCUUUGGGACAGGCAUCACUUUUGGGAAGAUCUGAUUUCCACGUUUUAUGUCAUCUUCUCCAUUUUUCUAAUUGAUUGCCUGUCCAUAGGUGAUGAUGUGAAAACUGUGCUCUUGCGAAGCACCAACUGUCCAAAGGGACGGUGAAUUAAAAAUGCCUUGCCUCGGUCUCUGAAUGUUACCUAGUGGGAGUAGAGAAACAGCGAGACGGGCAGUCCUAGGACCUGGAUCUCACCCAUAGUCUUACUGUAGCUUUUCUAAGUGAUGCAAAUAUGACCUGUGACCCCUUUGUGUGUGUCUCCUUCCCUGUCUGUUUCUGCAUUGGGUACCCAAGUGUUCUAGAGUAGUGAACUUGUCUCAUAAUGGCUCGCUCUGUCUCGGUGGAUAGCUUGAACGCUUGUUUUCUGUUCCUUUGUCUCAUCUCUGGCAUACGUGAUUUCAACUGAAAAACAAACAGGGUUCAAGAGGUCAUUGUCAAACCAAAAUAAUUUGAGCAAAUUCAAAAAUAGCUGUGCCAAAAAAAACUUAAAGCAGGAGGAUCAUUCUCUGAAGCGACCGAAUGUCACCAACUGCUAUUGGCCUAAAGAAGAGGGUGUCUUUCGAAUUUGGUCACAGAAUGUCAUUACAGACCCUGUUGUGAGCUCAUUGUAAAAGGGGGGGGGGGGGGGGGGGUCAGGUGUGUGAGACCUGGUUCUGUUUAAACAGCACUUUCAUUUUCGUUACUUCUGACUGUUACUGCCCCUCUCAUUACUUACAUAGACUUACUGUCUCAAUCCAACCCACUUUGGGAAGAGGGAAGGCCAGCCCACCAAGUCCCUAGCCUUGAGUCUCUUCAGCAAGAGCUUUAAACUCCAAUUCUUGCAUUUAUUACGAUACCCUAGUAUCAUCAGACUUCUUUUCAUUCAUACCAUACUUAAUGUACUUUUCUUUUUUCAAUGUUUGAAUUUACCAAAUUAAUGUAUUUAUGACCGUGCAUAUUUAUUCAUUCUUAUUUUAAAUGUUUGUACUUUUUUUUGUUCUGUUUUUGUUUGUAAGGGGAUUUUUUUUAAUGUUAAUUUACUGGAACACGUCAAUUAUUGUGUUCCAUGACUUGAGAAAUGUGGUAUUAGACAUCUGACUCAGUGUGUGUGAGUUUCAGGACCAACCAGUCACGGGCGGUCAAACCACUCAUUAGCAGAGAGAAAAUGUCACCCAGUGUUUUUGUUUUUGUUCAUAUCAUCCAGAUGUUCAUUUGAAUCUAUAUAUCCUAAUGGCAAAUGAAAGCUAGUUCCCUCAGUUUUCAAUGUUUUCAGUUGUUUUACCAACCGAUCUUUUUCAUAGCUUUCUACUUGAAUUUCAGUAUUUAUUUAUAAAUCGAUUCAGUCAGCCACCAACUGACUGUCCAGUAAAUUCCAUUUAGUUAAAAGGGAUACUUUGGGAAGUUAGAGGUAGUUUUUGCGAGCCAAUGCUAACUAGCGUUGGCACAAUGACAGGAAGUCUAAGUAUGUGCUAGCAUGGUUAGCAAAGCCUGUACAGUACAUCGUUUGUGAAUGGACAUGUAACAAUGGAUGGCUUUAAGAUCUUUUGUAAAUAAAAUUGUUUUGAAUGGCAUUUCAAGUUCAUUUACUUUGAUUAAAAACGCAAAUGUUUAAUCGCACACUAAUAUCUUAUCUCGCACACAGAUUCUCAAGCACUAUCUGAACAUAAGUAACUCUUUCGCUUAACUUUUGGAGGGGACUGAGCAUUUGGUCUAGAGACCUGUCCAGAGUCAUAUCCAUCAGAUGACAUGACCUAAAAUCAGAAGAAGAGGGCAAAAUUGAGAAUAGCUGUCAGCCUAGAUGACAAUGCAUUAAAAAAAGUUGAAACAAACACGUUCGAUCAAAACUGUUCUCUUUACACGAAGACAGGUUUACUGUUUUGUAUGUAGAAUUAAUUUAUAGUUGUCUGGUGCGUGCUUUUAGUGUUUACAUCAGCGUUGGUAAAAUGAGCUGUCUGCCAGCCUUCAAGUUGAUAAUGUUUACAUGUUUUGACUAUGAAACUGAAGUUCUGUACAUCGACUUCGCCAGUGAUAUCUUAAAUUACUUAGAAGCCUUAGAUUUUCAUCAUCAGCUAUGCAAGCAGAUUCUGUUCAGUUGUAUCUGGGAACAAGUGCUUUUACGUAUCUUAACAUUGUAAAAAGGAAUUCCAUGAUGUCUGCUUUUUCCAGGAAGCUUGGCCACGGUGGACUGGAUGUCACUUGACGUGUUUACCGCUCUUUGGUGUUGUAGCUCUGUGUUACCGUCUGAUCUAUAAUGUAAAGUUGUCACGGCUUGGGAAUGGGAGAUGCAGGCAGAGAUCUGGGACUGUCACACUGCCAUGGUUUUCUGUCCCAGUAUGGGUCCUCUUACAUGACCAAGAUGCGUGGAUAUUUGUGUGUUUUGAAUUGAAGACUCUGUUUGGGUUGCCUAACCUUGGUCUUUUACAUAAACCAACCCUUUACAUAAGUCGAGCGUUCACAGGGAUUUGGUUCAUGCAAAUUGUCUCCCUCACCACCAUCGCAAGCUCACAAUUUAACCUCACAGUACCAGUGGUUUGUCUUUUUAUUCUGUAAAAGCAGAACUGUUAUUCAGAGAGAUGCAUCAAUAUUCCAAAAUGCUGACAUUGACAUUUGAAACACUACCCGAGCGGUACAAUUGCGUCCAGUGUUGUGGCUCUUGUUCUCCAUAAGGAAAGUACCACUGAGGCAUCCCAGAUCCAAGCAUGUCUCAUCUGGGUCUCGAUAAAACAGCCUUUGUCUCGUGUUUUUAUCACUGUAAGUGGACAAGCGCAUUAUAACUCUGCUUACUUUACACAUUUUUUUGUUGUUUGCGGGUGUUUUCAUUUGUAUGCCUGUCUUCAGAGGACAACGUGCAAACGCACCAUUGUUCUUUGCCAGUCAAAGGUCCCUCAAAUGUUUUUUUGUUUUUUUUGGUAGCCAACCAUUAUUCCACUGCAUUUCCUGCCAGUGAGCUAUUCACGUUAUCUUGGUUUGAUUUCAGAUCAGAUUUUGCUGUGCUCUCUCUCUAUCUAUGAUGUUUGAUUCUCAUAGAGUUCUGCUGGCAGAGAGUUUUGUCUUUUUUUUUUACACCUGAGAAAUGUGAAUUCUUUAGUGUAAUAUUUUUUAUGGCAAUUAAUUACUGAAUAAAAUGAAUGUGUACGCAGUUA